AUGACGCUCCCAUGGCGACGCGCGCCGUCCGCCGGCGCCGGCGCCGUCGCCACACUCGCCGGCUCUUCCUCCUUGGCCGGAUUUCACGCAUCCCGUGAGUCCGUUCCCCUUCCUCCAACUUGGGAUAAGGAGAAGGCCGUCGGAGGAGCUUCCAGGGAGGCUCGUGAUUCCUCCCUAUUUGAUGACGGAUUUCACGCAUCCCGUGAUUCCGUUCCCCUUCCCCCCACUUCGGAUCGGGGGGAGGCCAUUGGAGGAGCUUCCACGUCCGUUCCUGCUAAUUGCGAAGCUCAUGAAUUCCCAAAAGCCGAUGCUCUUGGACCUUACGCAACUCCAGGCUGGUCAGACCUCCCCAUCGAUCUCCUGAUCCGUAUCCUGCAUCUCCUCGAGCUACCCGAGGCCCUCGCCUUCCGAGCUGUCUGCCCGUCAUGGCGCUCUGCCUCUACGGCCGCGGGCAGUGUCCCUCCUCGCCGUUCGCCGUGGCUCGUGUCCUUGGCGAAGGAGCCUCUUCCAUCGCAGGAUCCACAGCGGCAUGCGUGGCGUAGGUUAUGGGAGCCUGCUGCCGCUUCUGAGCUCCGCAGCCUCCUGGACACUGAGAGAACUAUUAAGGUCAGCUUUCCCCAUGGCCAGGUUGUGGCCCUCUGCGGCGCCUCCCAUGGCUGGCUUAUCACUGCAAACAAGCUCUCUGACCUUGUCCUCUACAAGCCCUUCACCGCAGAGUUGGUUCCACUCCCGCCGAUCAUCGGUUUUGAUUCGUGCAUUGAGGGGGUCUACGGAGAUGACGAAGGGAAGACCCUCAUGGGGUAUCGCUACGGGUGUUACGAGAGUGGCCGUGUCUAUAACUUGCAAGAAGUGGGCUGGCAUUUCUAUGACAAGGUUGUCCUGUCAGGUUCUCCAUCUGCUGGUCGCGCAUUUGCUUUGGCCAUCUACUUGGAUGGCAGGCGACUCUCUUUCGCAAGGGUAGGGGAUGCCCGUUGGCAACAAGUUUCAACGAUACGAAAAAGAGAUGAUAUCUUUGCAGAUUGUGUCUACCACCGCCGAAGGUUCUACGCGGUCACGAUGUGCGGGAGAUUAAAGUGUUUGGACUUUGGUGGACCUGGCGAACUGUGGAUGGAAACAGUCAUUGCUAAGGACGAUGACGACAUUGAUGGUGUUAUCACGAGGUACUUAGUUUCGACUCCUUGGGGCCGUCUCCUGCAACUACGUGUCAUUCUCGACAAACACCAGGUAAACAACGUCAGGGUGGAAAUAGACAGGCUGGAUAUGAAGAGUCAGAAAAUGGUACGACUGAGCUUGGGGAAGGCUCUGCGGGGGCACUCGGCUUUUGUCGGACAGAAUAACCCAGGUCUUUUAUCCCCCAAGGAAUUCCCUGAGCUCAAACCGGACUGCAUCUACUUCACAACUCCCCGUCUGACAAAGCAUAAUGUUUCCGAUAAACGCCAUAACGAAUGGAAGGGUGUGAAGGUAUAUGACUUGAAGAAACGGACCCUAGAUGCUGCUUUUACACCAGGUGCAGGAGAUCAUGGAGCGUGGUGUCCACUUGAGGUCUGGUUCACGCCGAGUCGAUGAUGGCUAACCAAACCUGUGUUGUAAUUUUUUUUUUGAGAGAAACCCGUGUUGUAAAUUGUAAGAUUCGUUUCGUUCUGUAAUAAACUUGCGUGGGACCUAGGCCCCAGCCAAAUUAGGGGCCCAAAGCUGGUACACAUGUACUACAUGUAAGGCAUACUAUAAAAGAAAAGGAGGCCCAUCUAUCUAUUGUACACGCCCAGCAAGAUCCAGACCUCCA